AUGGACGACGAAAUCCGACCAGCCUGGCAGUCCCCAACUUGCGCUCCCAAUUCUCCAGGGAUUGAUCGAGAUAGCUGGAAAACCGCUCCAGGCUCACCGAGAGAAGACUUCAGAUUCAACAUUGACGCUGUUACUGAGGAUUGCGGAACAUAUUCCAGCGAUAUUAAGAAGUCGAGUAGAGAGCCAUACGUGCCGAGGCAGGAGUUCAACAAAAUUCUUGACUAUGCCGAACAUAAUUCAGAUAUCAACGGCAUCGACUGGAGACCUGGCUUCAAAAAUCAGUUUCCAUGGAUCGGCUUUGCGGGACUCGUGGUCAUCUUCGUGGCAACUGCUACGGCUGUGGUAAUUCUGGUGUCCUCGCACAAGAAGCGCGUCAAGGACUGGCCGUUUACGAGCUUUUAUGCGAUUGUCACUUCCGGUCGAUACUUCAACCUGGUCGCCCUCGCCGCACUCAUGACCAAAUUUGCUGUUGUCGAUAGUACCCUCUUCCAGAAAGCGACGAGGACGAUCGUAACUCAGCAAAAGGAGUACGCCAAUUCCACCAUGACUGGAUGGGUUGAGAGAGACUGGCCUGCGAAUUUUGGCGGGAUUCCGGGAGCAGAUGGUCAUAUCAAGACUGUGGAUGCGGCAUGGGCCAGCGUCUUGGAUGCAUACAACGGCAAGCUCGCCAAUAGCAAGGUGCACGAUUCCCUCAAUGACACGGCAUCUUUCUUCGAUUGUCCCUAUAGACAGGAAUGCAGUGGUGCUAUCGAAGGCUUGGGCUUUGCUUUCGAUUGCACCACCGAAUACGAAAAUGUUGACUAUGGGCUACGACAAUGGGAGGGAUCUGAACAUUCCGGAAUACCUUACCCGUUGUGGGAUGUCAAAUUUAGACCAUCAUGGGCAAACGAAACCAAGACAUACGCCAGUAUCGAACUCAAGAUGCGGUAUGUCGACAGCCACGCCGGGAAGGACGAGCAUUCCUGUCCAGGGACUAUGAAUAUCCGCACAUGCGAGAUUAGGCCCGCAGUCGUUCGGUACCCCGUUACGGUCAUGGUACCAAGUAAAGAAGAACUAGAUGGCGGAAAUAUCGUUACACAUAUCAAGUUCUUCAAUGACGACCGGUUCUGGAGAACCGGUACUAACUUGAACGAUAUCACCCAAAUCGACGACUUGAAGGUACUGAAUACCGCCAAGCUCAACGAGUACUUCAACGAGACCUCUACUGUCGGAGCCCUGGCCUACAUCAUGAACAACCUCUAUGAAUCCUCCGCAAAUAUCAGCCACGGCUCCACCUGGGAUAUCGUCGCGCGCGGCGCUUCAGCUCAAUCCAUCUUCUACGCCGAAUCAGAUGAAUCAGAGGACCGCUGCUGGUACAAUAUUAAGAAACCCGGUCGAGAUGAUCCUACCAUCGAGCUCUUGCGCAAACUAAAUACCUUGAGUUUCGUAACCGCUCUGUACAUCAAAGGCGCGCCCACAACCGAUAGAGACAAACGCAAAGCCCUCGGUAUGACCAGCCAAAACAUCACCACAUCAAUCACCGGCAUCGUAGAAGAAUACCUCACCUCCUCCGCCUACGUCUACGGCGCCCUCGCAGCAACCUUCAUCACCGUCAUACUCGUCCUACCCGUCUACUGGGGUUUCUGGCAACUCGGCCGUAAAGUCACCUUGGGUCCACUUGAGAUCUCACAAGCCUUCGGCGCGCCCAUCAUCGCGCCCGACAAGAUGAAAGCGUAUCACGGCGACUUCGAUCAGGUGCUUGAGGAUGUUGGGGAUAGGAGAGUGCAGUAUGGGCAGCUCAGGAAUGCGCCGCCGGGGCAGAUGGGGCUUGCGGAGCCGGAGAAGGUGGUGGUACCUAAGGCUAGUCAUCGGUGGCGGGUUAGUGGACAGAGGGAGAACAGGAGGAUUGGGCUGGGUGCGGUCUUUGGAGGUGCAGUUGCUUCUACCAUGUCGGGGAAUGCGAGGGAUUGA